AUGAGCUUAACAUCCUGGUUUUUGGUGAGCAGUGGAGGCACUCGCCAUAGGCUGCCACGAGAAAUGAUUUUUGUUGGAAGAGAUGAUUGUGAGCUCAUGUUGCAGUCUCGUAGUGUGGACAAGCAACAUGCUGUAAUCAAUUAUGAUGCCUCUACAGAUGAACACUUGGUGAAAGAUUUGGGCAGCCUAAAUGGGAUAGAACCAGAAAAGAGAACUGGAGUAUUAAACAUGGCGGAAAUGACUGCAAGUCCAGGGGCAGAGAAAUGGAAGCAACAGUAUAAGUGGCAAGAAACAUGGGAGUGGCAGAUGUCAGUGGUGGACCUGCCAGCCCAUGGAGAGAGAGAUGGCUACGGUGGUCUUGCUGACCUACAGAAAGAUCUGAGCAUCUUUGACAAAAGGCUUGCUGGCAUGGCAGAGCAGGAUAUUUCUGCUAUGCCUCGUGGUACUCCAUUAUAUGGACAACCAUCAUGGUGGGGGGAUGAUGAGGUGGAGCAAAGUGCUGUCAAGUCAAAUGGCAAACCUGAGGAAAAAAAUCUUGAAACUGGAAUGUCAGGAUGCAGCAUAGAUUCCAAGCAAGUUGAGGAACAAUCUGCAGCUGCAAAUGAAGAAGUACUUUUUCCUUUUUGUAGGGAACCAAGUUAUUUUGAAAUCCCUACAAAAGAAUUCCAGCAAUCAUCACAAAUAACAGAGAGCACUAUUCAUGAAAUCCCAACAAAAGACACACCGAGUCCCCAUACAUCAGGUGCAGGGCAUGCUUCAUUUACCAUUGAAUUUGAUGACAGUACCCCAGGAAAGGUAACUAUUAGAGACCAUGUGACAAAAUUUACUUCUGAUCAACGCCACAAGUCAAAGAAAUCCUCUCCUGGAACUCAAGACCUGCUGGGGAUUCAAACAGGGAUGAUGGCACCAGAAAACAAAGUAGCUGACUGGUUAGCACAGAACAAUCCUCCUCAAAUGAUAUGGGAGAGAACAGAAGUGGAUUCCAAAAGUAUUAAAAGCGAUGUUCCAGUUUACUUGAAAAGGUUGAAAGGAAACAAACAUGAUGAUGGCACACAAAGUGAUUCAGAGAAUGCUGGGGCCCACAGGCGCUGUAGCAAACGAACAACUCUUGAGGAACACAUAAGGCGCCACCAUUCAGAACAGAAAAAAAUUCAGAAGGCCCAGGCCGCUGAAAAGCAUCAAGACCAAACUGUUACUAGCUCUGCGCAUCACAGAGGGGGGCAUGGUGUUCCACAUGGGAAAUUGUUAAAACAGAAAUCAGAGGAGCCAUCGGUGUCAAUACCCUUCCUACAAACUGCAUUAUUAAGAAGUUCAGGGAGUCUUGGGCACAGACCAAGCCAGGAGAUGGAUAAAAUGUUAAAAAAUCAAGCUACUUCUGCUGCUUCUGAAAAGGAAAAUGAUGAUGACCAAAGUGACAAGGGUACUUAUACCAUUGAGUUAGAGAAUCCCAACAGUGAGGAAGUGGAAGCAAGAAAAAUGAUUGACAAGGUCUUUGGAGUAGAUGACAAUCAGGAUUAUAAUAGGCCUAUUAUCAAUGAAAAACAUAAAGAUCUUAUAAAAGAUUGGGCUAUAAAUUCUGCUGCAGUAGAAAUGGAAGAAAGAAAACCACUGAGUACACCUGGAUUUCACAACUCAGAGCAAAGCACAUCUUCAUCUGGAAAUAAACGUUGGAUUUCACAGUGGGCGAGUUUGGCUGCUAAUCAUACAAGGCAUGAUCAAGAAGAAAGGAUAAUGUCUGCAUCUGUUCCUUUAGAAAUUGAUAUUAGUGAAUCUGGCAUUUCUGUAAGAAAUACUGUCUCAGCAAGUUCCUUGGCUGGUCAGGGAGAGAGAAGGAGAAGAACCCUUCCCCAACUUCCAAAUGAAGAAAAGUCUCUCGAGAGUUCCAGAGCAAAGGUUACAGCACAGAGGUCAGAGAUAGGAGAAAAGCAAGACACAGAACUUCAGGAGAAAGAAACACCAACACAUGGAUCCCAAAAUGAUAAGCAAGACACUGACCGAGCCCUUAGUAAAAUGAACAGGACAGUAAAUGGUGAGGCUCUUAAGACUGUUGGAGAUAAUAAAACCCUGUUUAGCUUAGGCAGCUCUUCUCCUGGAAAGGAGAGAAGUGGAAGUGAUAAGGACACUUCCUUGGUAAAACAAACAUUAACUAAAAUUCAGGAACAAGAACAAAAGGAGCAGGCAGAGUGGACACCCACUAAAUUGUCAUCAUCAAAAAACAUUUCAGGUCAGAUAGACAAAUGCAGGGAAGAAUCUCUUAAACAAGAGUCACUGUCUCAAGAAAAAACUCCAGGACAUUCUACAAGCAAAGGAGAAAGGAUGAUACAAAAUGAGGGCAAGAGAAGAAAAGCUGAGGAAGUUGUAAAAGGUCAAACUUCAAAGGGAGGAGACAAAAAGGAAUCUUCCAAGUCAUUAGUGCGACAAGGAAGCUUCACUAUAGAAAAGCCUAGCCCAAAUGUACCCAUAGAACUUAUUCCCCAUAUUAAUAAGACUUCAGCCACUCCUCCUUCUUUAGCAUUAACUUCUGUAAGUAAAUUACGAGAAAAAAGUGACUCUGUGGAUACUGAUUCUAGUAUGGACACAACCCUUAUUCUCAAAGACACAGAAGCAGUAAUGGCUUUUUUAGAAGCUAAACUUCGAGAAGAUAAUAAAACUGAUGAGGGCCCAGAUACUCCUAGUUAUAAUAGAGAUAAUUCUAUUUCACCGGAAUCUGAUGUGGAUACAGCUAGUACAAUCAGUCUGGUUACUGGAGAGACUGAAAGAAAGUCAACUCAAAAGCGAAAAAGUUUCACUAGCCUCUAUAAAGAUAGGUGUUCUUCUGGUUCUCCUUCCAAAGAUGUUACAAAAGCAUCAUCUUCAGGUGCUAGGGAGAAGAUUGAAAAGAAAACAAAAAGCAGAUCCACAGAUGUAGGCUCAAGAGCAGAUGGUCGUAAGUUUGUACAAUCCAGUGGAAGAAUAAGACAGCCGUCAGUAGAUUUAACAGAUGAUGACCAAACGUCUAGUGUACCUCACUCUGCCAUCUCUGAUAUUAUGUCAUCUGAUCAAGAAACUUAUUCUUGUAAACCUCAUGGAAGGACCCCAGUUACCUCAACUGAUGAACAUGUGCAUUCUAAACUGGAAGGAAGUAAAGUAACUAAAUCUAAGACUUCUCCUGUUGCGUCUGGUUCAUCCAGUAAAUCAACUACUCUUCCAAGGCCACGGCCUACCAGGACUUCCCUUUUGCGCCGAGCACGACUUGGUGAAGCUUCAGACAGUGAACUAGCUGAUGCUGACAAAGCAUCUGUUGCUUCUGAGGUAUCCACAACAAGUUCAACAUCAAAACCUCCCACAGGAAGGCGCAACAUCUCUAGGAUUGAUUUAUUGGCUCAGCCUCGUAGAACAAGGCUUGGCUCAUUAUCUGCUCGUAGUGACUCUGAAGCAACAAUAUCUAGAAGUAGUGCCUCUUCACGUACUGCAGAAGCCAUCAUUAGAAGUGGAGCCAGAUUACUACCAUCAGAUAAAUUUUCUCCUAGAAUUAGAGCUAACAGUAUCUCUCGACUCUCGGACUCCAAGGUCAAAAGUAUGACCUCAUCACAUGGCUCUCCUUCAGUAAAUUCAAGAUGGAGGCGCUUUCCUACUGAUUAUGCUUCCACCUCAGAAGAUGAAUUUGGAUCAAACCGUAAUUCCCCUAAACAUACUCGUCUACGUACUUCUCCAGCCCUGAAAACUACUCGAUUGCAGAGCACUGGAUCAACAAUGCCUACUAGUUCUUCCUUCAAACAUCGGAUAAAGGAACAGGAAGACUACAUCCGUGAUUGGACUGCUCAUCGAGAAGAGAUAGCGAGGAUCAGCCAAGAUCUUGCACUCAUUGCUCGGGAAAUCAACGAUGUAGCAGGCGAGAUAGAUUCAGUGACUUCGUCAGGCACUGCCCCUAGUACCACAGUAAGCACUGCUGCCACCACCCCUGGCUCUGCCAUAGACACUAGAGAAGAGUUGGUUGAUCGUGUUUUUGAUGAAAGCCUCAACUUCCGAAAGAUCCCUCCAUUAGUUCAUUCUAAACCACCAGAAGGAAACAACUGUCGGUCUGGUGAUCCAAGACCUCAGCCAACAGAGACUCCUGAUCACUUAACAAUUACAAGGCGGAGAACAUGGAGCAGAGAUGAAGUCAUGGGAGAUAAUUUGCUGCUAUCGUCCGUCUUUCAGUUCUCUAGAAAAAUAAGACAAUCUAUAGAUAAAACAGCUGGAAAGAUCAGAAUAUUAUUUAAAGAUAAAGACCGGAAUUGGGAUGAAAUAGAAAACAAGUUAAGAACUGAAAGUGAAGUCCCUAUUGUGAAAACUUCAAGUAUGGAGAUUUCUUCUAUCUUGCAAGAACUGAAAAGAGUUGAAAAGCAGCUGCAAGCAAUCAAUGCUAUGAUUGACCCAGAUGGGACUUUGGAGGCUCUGAAUAACAUGGGAUUUCCCAAUGCUAUCUUGCCAUCUCCGCCAAAACAGAAGUCCAGUCCUGUGAAUAACCACAGCAACUCUGGUCAGACACCAACACUUUGCCAACCAGAAGCUAGGGCUCUUCAUCCUGCUGCUAUAUCUGUCUCAGCUGAGUUUGAGAAUGCCGAAUCUGAAGCUGAUUUCAGUAUACAUUUCAAUAGGUUCAACCCUGAUGGGGAAGAGGAAGAUGUUACAGUACAUGAAUGACGUUCUCUUGAUUGUUAAAAAACGAAUUGCCUGUGGAAUGACUAGGAAUAUUGGAAGCAGCACAGUGUUGACUUACACAAAACAAGACAGCUUGGUCAACUACCAUUUUGUAAUCCCUGUCUUCUUAAUUUUAUUUAUUUGCUUUUUUCUAUAAUGUGGUAUCAUAUUAAUACUCUCAAGAUAUUUAGAUAGCCAUUUGAUGCACAUAUAGGAAAAAGCUGACGUGGCACUUUUGCCUUCUGUGGUUUUAUGACUUUCAAAUUGAACUCUAUAAUUGAAUCCUUUUCCUUCAUAGAUCUUUGUUUUUGUUUGUUUGUUUGUUUUUGUUUUUAAGCCAUGCUGUGACCUACAAGCAAACUAAGUACCAACAUUUCCGAAACCCUGUAUCUCCUGUGCCAAGCUGUUCCCUGAAAUGGACUUCAUCUGUACAGAUUUGUUAAGCAGUUAUAUUGGUUUCUUAAUUAUAGGAUUUACAGUAGUAUUCAUUUCCAUUGAGAUACAGUGACAUAUUACUCUUCACAGUAAAACAGGCCUUUCAAAACAUUCAUUCUUGUGUCCUAAAAUUUUCCAACAUAUAUGUGAUUUAUAAACUUUGUUGCUACAUAAAUUGUCUUGGGUUUUACGGAAAUUAAUUAUUAUGUUUGCACUAACAUUUAGUGGCAGUGGUAGGUGGACAUAUCUAUAUCUCAGUAAGGACUAAUUAUCUUUCUUUGUACAUAGGAAAUUGCUAAUACUGUGUUUGUUUUAACCCCACAGUGUUUUACUCCACUUUCAAAAAGAUCAAUUUGGCACUUUUUUCCUUUUUUUUAUUUUUAAUUAAAAUACGAUUUUGUCUCAUUUUAGGUCAAAUAAUAAUUAGAAAGAUUAAACUAGACAUAUCGUUUAGGUGGAGUAUAUUUUUUAAACCAAGAACAUGUAUAUUGGUCCUGUGUUGCCAAGUUUAUAUGUGACAGUUGGAAAAAAAAAAAAUCCCUUGAAAUGAUCAUGAGGUUAAAAUUUUCUUUCUUAGGAGACUCAGAGAACAAUUGUCAUAAGAUUAGUUGAUAGUUUCACCCUCAAGCAAUAAAUUGCUUGUGUGUUUCCCUAUAGUCCCCCAAAAGUAAUUCCUAAGUCUUACCCAUUUAUCACAACUCUAAAAUAUGGCAAUGACAACGGCUUUGAGCCUAUGUUACUUAACAGAAAACCUAUGAAAAUAAUCUUCUACAGACUUGUUUUUUUCUUUCCCUUAAGUUCACAUUUGGAUAAGUUU